GUGUGUUAAGUCGGUGUAAUGCUCAUGUGAUGGAUGCUCACUGUAGGAUUAUGGAGAGGUGCUGAAGUGGUUUGUUGUUAAGACUUCCACACUGUCCCAGCACUUUUCUAAUACAACCUCCUCAACAUGAAGACUCUCCUGGCCGCGCUGGUCCUGUUCACCGCUGUGCUUCACACUGUGUUUUCUUGUCCGAUGUGUGAAGGUGAGGGGUUGAAGUGUUACACCUGUGUAUCUAAUAACCCCGAGGAGUGUUUCCGGCAGGGCUCGUCUGUGUGUCCUGCUCAUGCAGAUGCCUGCUCUACCAUCACAGGACCCAACUCUGUGAUGAAGUCAUGCGCUUACAAAUCCUUCUGUGACAAGUCUCACAUGAGCAAUGGUGAGGUGAAGCUGGAAUGCUGCUUCAAUGACGACUGCAACGGCCCUCACCAGUCCCACAGCCAUGGGGAUCUCCACGCCGCCGCCAUGAGCCUGAGCUCCAGCCCUGUCCUGCUGCUGGGGGUCCUGCUACUUAGACUGGCUCUCAGUUCCCUGUAAACCUGAACACAGACACCUUUAGUCAUACAUGUAAUAUAAAUAAAUGAAUAAACAAUGGAGUAAAGGCGUUAAUGUAACUGAUAGAUGAGCUUUUGUCUGUUGGGCGGCAGCAUAAUCUGUGUGUGUUCUUGUGUUACUCAGCCCCUUGAUAGCACACGUACAUCACAGAGAUGUCUAUAUGACGUCUGCAUUCACAUCUUCAAGACAUAAUUUUUAGAGUGUUUGCUCAUAUGCAAAACGUCUAUUGGAUGUUUCCUAUCAGAUGUCAAAUAGACGUUUAGAAAAUGUGUUUAUGAUUUAAAAUUAAUGUAAAACUGACAUCUUAAAGACGUCUAUCAGAAGUUUGUACACAGCAGAUGCUAAGCGAUCUUCAUCAGACAUCUUGCAUAUGUAUCUGUGCUAUCAGGGCCUAUAGGAGUUAAAUAAAGACUGCUUAGAUUUGGUUUUCAUCUCUUUUAUUUUCUGUUGUAUAUGAGCUCAAAUGAGCAUCUGCUAAACUAAUAAAUAGAUUAAUAAACGACCAGGUAAAAAUGAUCUCUCUGUCUGUCUGAUUUUACUUAAUCUCUGUUCAGCUAUCAGUACCUCUCUCUGUCUGACUGUCUGUUUCCACUAGCCAUGGAAAAGUAAGCAUUACUGGUGCAUGUGAAUCCGCACGCACUGCUUCAGGGCAUCCCUAGCUGUAUGACGUCAGUCAUGUGCAGCAGACACAUGGGGCAUCUGUAACUUUCAUAAUGUGGUAGUGAUGGCUGGUUUCAGAUUGCAGUGCUGGUGGGAGGCGGUGAAGCGCGUGAACUCGUUUAAAAGUGUCGCAGGAUACAGAGAAUCAGCGCUGCUGCAUCCAGCUGCGGGAGUAACUUGGAAGACACACUUCACAGGAGCAACACUGUUACUUCACAAGAUCAACGUUUUCUGAGGUGAAAGUUUAGCCAUGGUGUUCUCUUCUGCAUUGUGCAUCUUCAGUCUCUUGGCUUUGGUUCAGGCCCAAUCUGAAUCCCAGCAACCCAAGAUUCAACUCCGCCUAGCCGGUGACAAAGUCAAGCAUUACGAGGGUCGUCUGGAGGUCUUCUACAACAAUGAAUGGGGGACUAUCUGUGAUGAUGACUUCUCAAUCGAAGCCGCUCAUGUUGCAUGUAGGGAGCUUGGCUUCCUGGGCGCUGUGGCUUGGUCCCCAUCUGCAAAGUUUGGACAAGGAGAAGGACGCAUUUGGCUGGACAACGUCCAUUGCACAGGAGGAGAGAAAUCUUUAGCCGAAUGCCCCUCAAAUGGCUUUGGGGUGUCAGACUGCAGGCACAGCGAGGAUGUUGGGGUGGUUUGCAAUCAGAAGCGCAUCCCUGGCCACAGGUUCACCAAUACCAUGAACAACAAUGUUGAGACUAUCGAAGAACGGGUGGAAGAAAUCCGUAUAAGACCCAUUUCAUCCCAUCUCAAGCGCUUACCCAUCUCGGAAGGCUUUGUGGAGAUUAAGGAACGGGGCAAAUGGAGGCAGAUCUGCGAUGAGCAUUGGACCCCCCUGAACAGCAGAGUCGUCUGUGGAAUGUACGGAUUCCCCGGAGAGAAGAAGUACAGCAACAAAGUGUUCAAAUCUCUGUCCAUGCGUAAGAAUAAGAACUACUGGGGUUUCUCAGUGAACUGCACAGGAAAUGAAGCCCACAUGUCCAGCUGUAGGCUGGGCAAAGCCCUGGUGUCCAAGCGGAACGGCACAUGUGGACGUGGCCUGCCUGUGGUGGUCAGCUGUGUGCCUGGAAGAGCUUUUGCCCCCUCAUCCUCCACUGGUUUCCGCAAGGCUUACAGACCAGAGCAACCCUUGGUUCGUCUGCGUGGAGGUGCGAAUAUCGGUGAAGGGAGAGUGGAAGUGCUGAAGAACGGAGUUUGGGGAACGGUCUGCGAUGAUAACUGGAACCUGAGGGCUGCCACCGUCGUGUGUCGAGAGCUGGGCUUUGGAAGCGCCAAAGAGGCUCUCACUGGAGCGAAGUUAGGACAAGGAAUGGGUCCGGUCCACAUGAAUGAGGUGGACUGUUCUGGAUUUGAGAAGUCUCUCACUGACUGUUACUUCAAUAAUGAUGCUCUGGGCUGCAGUCAUGAGGAGGACGCUGCCGUACGCUGUAAUAUACCUGCCAUGGGUUUCCAGAAGAGGAUACGUCUAAGUGGAGGAAGAAACCCAUACGAGGGACGUGUGGAGGUUCUGACUGAGAAGAAUGGUUCUCUGGUUUGGGGAACCGUCUGUAGUGAAAACUGGGGGAUGAUGGAGGCCAUGGUGGUCUGCAGACAGCUGGGACUAGGCUUCGCCAGCAAUGCGUUUCAGGAGACGUGGUACUGGGCUGGAGAUGCGAGUGCAGACAAUGUUGUGAUGAGCGGGGUCAGAUGCUCAGGAACUGAGAUGAGUCUUCCUCACUGUCUUCAUCACGGCAAACACAUCAGCUGCCCCAGAGGAGGAGGACGCUUCGCUGCUGGGGUCUCCUGCUCUGAUAUGGCUCCUGACCUGGUGCUGAACGCUCAGCUGGUGGAGCAGACCACCUAUCUGGAGGACCGGCCCAUGUACGCCCUACAGUGCGCCCUAGAGGAGAACUGCCUGUCCAGCACUGCCAAAAAGAACGACCACAGCACCUACCGCCGCCUGCUCCGCUUCUCCUCCCAGAUCCACAAUGUUGGCCAAUCUGAUUUCAGACCCAAACUGGGUCACCAUGCCUGGACCUGGCACGAGUGUCACAGGCAUUAUCACAGCAUAGAGGUUUUUACUCAUUAUGAUCUGCUGAGUCUGAACGGCACCAAGGUGGCAGAGGGUCACAAGGCCAGUUUCUGUCUAGAGGACACUCAGUGUGACGAGGGUAUUCAGAAACGGUAUGUUUGUGCCAACUUUGGUGAACAGGGCAUCACCGUUGGCUGCUGGGAUACCUAUAGACAUGACAUUGAUUGUCAGUGGAUUGAUAUCACAGAUGUGAAACCAGGAGACUAUAUUUUCCAGGUCGUAAUUAAUCCUAACUAUGACGUAGCCGAAUCAGAUUAUACCAACAAUUUCAUGAAGUGCAAGUGCCGCUAUGAUGGAUACAGGAUAUGGACGUACCAGUGUCUUACAGGUGGCUCGCGGAGUUCAGACAUGGACGAAUACCCUGGAAUGAGCAAUCAGUUGCACUUCAGAUAGGAGCGGAUGAGGAAGGACAAAGGCUCUCAGUGGAGGACACUGCUUGCAUAUUCAAAUAUGAUUGACCACUAGAGAGACCCCAGCACUUCGAAGGCAGAGACCGCUGCUCUUUUAGGUUGAAGUACAUCAUGUUCUUUCACGGUCCCCGCUAUAUCAAGCUUGCUUUGAAUAGAAACUAUUUAAAUUCCUGAAAUGUACUGUACUUGCUGCAUUUAUGGUGCUUGAAAUGCUUAUAGUGGUUACAAAUCCAUGCUGUAACGUUCAGACUGGGAUUAUAACUUAAUCACAAAGCCUGCAGUUUCAUGAACUCAACCCUAUUUCUGGCUGUAAACUCUUCUGUGGUUAAUUCAUCAAGCAUGUCAAGUAAUUUAUUAUGUUCAGUCAGGGAUCACGUCUUGUCAACUUUUGUGUAUGCAAUGUGAAACUGUAACAAUUUUAAAUUUUUUUUGGCAAUUUGUGAAGCAUCUACCCUCCGUUUUAUGAGGGUACUUAUAACCAGUUCAAUGGUUUUCAGAUAUGCAAUGUGUUUAUGACUGAACAACCAUUGCAUUGUUUUCUAUAAUAAAAGCAAUUCAUGUUUGUUA